AUUUCGAUUAGUGGAAUCAGUGUCGAAACUCGAUUAGUCUUGAGGCUAAUCGCACGACAUCAAUAUCAGUAUUCACGUUGCUUCAGAUCUCCCGCCAAAAUUCACUGAAUAAGGACGACACGAAAUGUCGUUUGCGUGUUCUGUCUAAAAAACGUAAUUUACGGGAAGAAUAAUGGACGAUUCGCAGCCAUCCACAUCUGGAAGGAGUAGGCGUCAGAAGAUUGAUAAGGUUGGCAGAUUCUCAGCUUUGGAGAGAUUGAAGGAGGUUCGAAGUGGCAAACGCAAGUAUGAGGUUGAAGAGUUAGAAAACGUGUACGACGAGGUAGACGAAAAGGAGUACAAUACUACUGUUUUAAAACGCCAACGGGAUGACUGGAUAGUCGAUGAUGGGGAAAGCGGUUAUGUGGAAGAUGGGAGAGAGAUUUUUGAUGACGAUUUGGAUGAAGAAAGCAUUCAAGAAGCUAAGAGACAGAAGUAUAAUAUGGCUGGCCCUAGGAAAAAGAAGAAGGAUGAGGAAAAGAAAAAAGGAGAUAUUCAAAGCAUGAUUAGGAAUAUGCCUUCUAAAAAAAGUACUAACACAGAUUGCAAGGAUGAUGAUAUUUUAGGGGAAUUGCUUAGUGAGAUUUCUACAAAUAAAAAAACAACAGAUAAUUUUAAAUCAAGAGAAGUGAAAAACAAAUUUUGCCACACAGUUCACUCAGAUCUUGCCCAAGAAAUAAGUGAAAAAAGAGUAACUCAGAGACUAGAAGAGAACAGUGCCAGUCAAAUAAUUGAGGAUGACGAUACUGCUGUGCUCUUUGAAGUACCACAAAAGAAGAAUACAGACAAACCAAUAAAGUCUAAUGACAUUAGGCAUUAUCAAACUAUGAGCCAGAGAAUUGAUGAAGAUAUAAAUCUCAAGGAAGUACAAAAAAACAAUACAAGUGAGCAAACAGAUUCAAAAGACACCAAACAUUGCGAGAGUGCAAGUCAGAUGAUUGAGAGUGAAUUUAUAGAUGAAGAGUUAUGUAGUAAGUCAAAACUUUCUGUAUCCUUAAGAGCAGAAAAGGAAUCAAAUAUGGAUCUUAACGAAUGCGUUGGAGACCUAUCUACUAUAGACUUCGACGAUGGGAGCAUGGACGUUGACUUUUCAUCACCGGUAAACAAUGUUAAACCUCAGAAGAACGUGCCUCAGAAAACCGGGACGAACGUGCAAAACGCUACGUGCAAAACUUCUGUGAAAAGUAUAAAGGUCGGGAACGCGAUAGAUUUGACGGAAGUAACGCCACAAUUAGUCAAGACAAAAGACGAGGUGGAGGUAUUCAGAUUUUACUAUCUGGACGCGUACGAAAAUCCUUUCAAGAAUCCCGGAACCGUGUACCUCUUCGGCAAGACUUAUGUACCUAAUCACGAUAUGUACUGUUCCUGUUGCGUUAUGGUGCAUUGUAUACCGAGAAGAAUAUAUCUUUUACCCAGAAAAUACUUGAGGACUCCCAAGAACGGCGAGCCCCAAUUAACUACUAUGGAGGAUGUAUACAAAGAAUUUGAUGAAUAUGCUAGUAAGACGCGUAUAAUGGAAUUUAACUGUAAAGAGACGAAAAAGCAUUAUUCCUUUGAGAAGGAGGGUACACCAAAGACAUCCGAUUAUUUGGAGGUCAGGUAUAACGCACGUUAUCCUGCGAUCGACGCCGAUUACUCUGGCCCGGCAAUCGAGCGUGUCUUCGGUGCCACAGUCAACGCGAUGGAACUGUUGCUUAUAGAGAGAAAAAUCAAGGGACCCGGUUGGCUGGACGUCAAGAACGUGUCACCGACUGCGGGACGUUUCGCUUGGUGUCAGCAGAUAGUGGUUACUUCAGAUAUGGACAACAUAUCACUGUGUUCCCAAGAUAAUGCCAAGCCGCCGAUGGUGAUAGCGACGUUAAAUGUAAGGAUGUCUUUGAACUCGAAAUUGCAGAAUGAAGUAGUGAUGGUCGUAGUAUUGAUUCAUCAUAAAUAUAACGUCGAUAAGGAACCACCAAAGCCACCCUAUGACCGUCAGUUUUGCCUUGUCACGCGGCCACGAGAUAUUCCAUGGCCACGACAAGCUCGAGACGGGCUACCUAGGGUUCCAAAUAUUGAAAUAAUUAAAUGUGAAACCGAGAGUGAACUACUCGAAGAGCUGUUAACGUUAAUACAAAAGGCAGAUCCGGAUUUGAUAAUAGGCUACGAUUGUGCGUUUCAGUUUGACGUGUUAAUGCAAAGAAUGUUCGCUCUAAAAGUAUCGAAUUGGAAUAGAAUAGGAAGAUUAAAAUCAACAAUUCUUCCUCUUUUUAGAGGAAAGAUAAUUCUCAAUCAGGCAUUCGUCGGUCGCCCGAUUUGCGACAUUCAAAUCUCUGCAAAAGAAUUGAAUUUGAAGGUCAGAAGUUAUGAUCUGCAGUCGCUCUGUAGUGCGGUGCUAAGAACGAAGGAACACGAGUGCAAGGAGAUUACGCCAGCAGAAACCCCGUCAUAUUACAAUACCGCGGACAAAAUAACAAGUCUGAUACAUGCGACGUUAAAAGAAGCAAAAUACAUCAUAACUAUAGUAAUGGAUCUUAAUGUUAUACCGUUGGCGCUUCAAAUUACUUGUUUAGCAGGCAAUAUCCUAUCGAGAACUCUGUUGGGCGGAAGAGCUGAGAGAAAUGAAUAUCUAUUGUUGCACGCUUUUCAUUUAAAGGAUUACAUAACACCGGACAAGAAAAUUGAAAAGAGACGAGACGACGAUGGUCCUCGUAAGAAGGCUGCAGCGUACACCGGAGGCUUGGUGCUCGACCCGAAGAAAGGUUUUUACGACAAACUAGUGCUGUUGAUGGAUUUUAAUUCUCUAUAUCCGAGUAUCAUACAGGAGUACAACUUGUGCUUCACCACUGUGCCCGGUGCAGCGUACGCUGAAGUCGAGCAUUUGGGCAUUCCUGACUCAACUUUGGAGACUGGUGUGAUCCCGACUGAAAUUUACAAGCUAGUCAAGAGCAGACAGCAGAUCAAGCAGCUCAUGAAGACGCCGAAUCUCUCGCCGGAACAGAAGAUGGAUUACCAUAUCAGGCAAAUGGCCUUGAAGCUCACCGCUAAUUCUAUGUACGGGUGUCUAGGAGCGGCACAUUGUCGAUUUUAUGCCAAAGGCCUCGCCGCUUUGAUAACAGCAAAAGGUCGGGAGAUUCUAGAAGACACGAAACACUUGGUCGAGAAGUUGCAGUACGAAGUCAUUUACGGCGAUACCGACUCGUUGAUGAUAAAUACCAACAUUUUGGAAUACGACGACGUUUUCUCGAUCGGUAGAAAGAUCAUGCGGGAGGUCAAUAACCGAUAUAAAAAAGUCGAAUUGGACAUCGACGGAGUGUUCCGGUAUCUGUUGCUUCUUCAAAAGAAGAAAUACGCUGCCGUUACGAUGACGAAGUUGCCGAGCGGGCAGUUACAAUUGGCGCAGGAGCACAAGGGUCUGGACAUUGUCAGGAGAGAUUGGUGCCCAUUAGCUUGCGAGACUGGAAAAAAAAUUCUGGAUAUACUUCUUUGCGAUCAUUCGAGCGAGACGCGUCUGGAGCAAGUCGUGCAGAUUCUGCAAAACGUCGCGAAAAGCGUGAAGGAGGGAACGGCACCGAUGUCGUCGUUCGUCAUCACCAAACAACUGUCGAAGAAUCCAGAUGCAUAUCCGGAUAAGAAGCAGUUGUCGCAUGUGAUGGUGGCAUUGAGGUUGAACAAAGCGGGCGGCCGAAUGUGGAAGGCUGGCGACACGUUACCGUAUAUCAUAUGCGAGGACGGAACUGAGGCAAGUGCGACGGAACGUGCGUAUCAUAUCGAUGAAGUGAAGAAUAACGAGAAACUGAAGGUAGACGUCAAUUAUUACUUGCUGAGCCAAAUAUUUCCUGUAGUGCUGCGAAUUUGCGAUCCAAUUGAGGGUAUCGACGACGUCUUCUUAGCUAACAAUUUAGGUUUACAAUUCGUUUACAAACCCAAAACGAUAGCCUGCGAAGCGACCCUGAACCUGCCGUUAUCCAUCAAUGACGAAAGGUUUGACAAUUGCGUGCCUUUGACGUUCAAAUGCAGAAGUGAACGAUGCAAUACAGAAAUUAUAAUUAAGGACACUGUAACAGAAUUUCAUUCUGGUCGGCAAUUGUCGCUCAGUAUGUGCCCAAAUCAGGACUGUAAAUUGCCACCUUGGAGAUACGCAAAUGCGAUACAAAAUGUAGUUCAACUUGCUAUGAGAAAAGCUAUCAGCAAGUAUUAUAAUGGCUGGCUGGAAUGCGAGAAUCCAUUGUGUUCCAACAGAACUAGGAGACUACCGUUGGAUUUUGUAAGAAAAUUCCCGGAUUGUUCAGUAUGCAAGGAUAUUUCCAUGGCCAGAGUUUAUUCCGGAACGGAACUCUACAAUCAGUUGUAUUACUAUUACAGAAUAUUCGACAUUAGUCAACCAGUUUACAAACAUCUGUUGUCGCAGUGUCCGCGUGACAUGAUAGCCGCGUACAAUACGCUAAAGGAGGCGAUUGACAGACAAUUGAAACGAAACAAAUUCUCAUGUGUAAAUAUUACAGGAAUUUUCAGCAGCGCCAGUGCGAGUCAUCGCACGGGAAUGUUCGGUGGCGCUGGUUCGCAAGAGGAUUUUGAUGAAUUAGGCGAUUUGUCCGAUGAUACGGAUAAGGAGAUUUAAGGGGAGUCUGAAAGAGCUAUUGUAUGUGUGUAAGCUCAAUGCACGUGGAAUGUCCACUACUAUAUAGGCCGACAAUAUCCGGAAUCUUAUGUUCCCAAUUAAAUUCCUCGACUAAAAUUAUUUCAUUCUUAUCAGUUUAAUGAACAAUUACUUUUAAUCAUUUUUUCUUAGAAUAUGUAUUAUACUAUUUAAAUUAACCAAAACUAAUAUCUAAUACAACAAUACCAAUAUACAUAAAACUAGUAUUACAUAAUUUAUUUUUCCAGGUUUUUUAAAUAGAAGUUAUGUAAAGGAAGAAAAAAUGUGCUGAAAUAGUUUUAAUAUUUUCUGGUGAAGCACUAGAAAAUUUCCUUGUAUAUUUAAUAACAAAAAGAAAUAUAAAAUUAUGUAAAA